AUGCAGAAGUUCAAGCAGGCCAUGCAGAGACACGGUGCCGGCGGCCUCGGGCCGUGCCAGAACAGCUUCCCAAACCUUGCAGAGUGGAACAUUGCCGACUUUCAAUGGAAGGCCAGGGCUCGGAUCUUCGCAAAUGCGGUGAAUCAAGACGCUAGCGCGCUCAGCCCGUCCCCUGUGCAGUCUGGUGUGAUCACACCGCGCAAGGAGGGUGCCCCCGCCGGGCCUUUGACAACGGCUACGCGUGGAAAGCACUUUCAAGCCGCCGGGCUUGAAGUGUUCCCGACCUUGCUGCGGGCUGGAAAGUCGCUGCCCAACAAACAGGGCGUGAACCAGGGCUCGAUUCUCGGUGCUGUGGCUGGCGCACAUAUUCUCUGUGCUGUGGCGCCCGCAUAUGGUAUUCCUGCGCUGAUACACACUGGAUACUGCGGAAAGCAGCUGCGCUUUGUGGAGCGAUUGCGCGGGAUGUCGGAGAGCUCUGUGCAGCUCUUCAAGUCUCCCUACUUCUGGGCAGUCAUGGAGCGGGAGGUGUUCCCAGCCUUGAUCAGGGGUGGCUUCGUCGCUAGUGGCCACAAGAGCCCACAGUACAUGGCCCAAGCCGUGGAGAAGUUCCACGUGGACGUCCUCAUGAUCCCACCUUCCCUUUUGGACUCGCUCCUGGACGUUGCGCAGGGGUUCUUGAGGGGCCGCCGUGUCAUCACGACCGUGGGUGAGCCUUUGACGUUGCAGCUGGCGAACUGUGUCGCAGGCCAUUGUGGGCUGUCGGUGGCCCUGCGGAACUUCUACGAUGCGGCAGCGGCUAUUCCAGUGCCUGCUCAAGCCAUGUCGGGGCAUGGGAGCAACUUGAACAACUCCCACGUCGCAGGCACCGUAAACAUGAUACCCGAGCACGGCGUCGACACGGAUCUGUACCCGCGGUUGAUCAUGGCCGAGGGCAGCUUCGAGAUGAUGUCUCCUGGGGAAGCUGGCGAGAUCUGCUUCGGAGGCGUGCUGGCUGCACGCGACUGCCUUCGGCCGGAACUCACGGCCGCGAAGUUCGCACCCACGGAGAACUUCGGGCGAAUUUACCGCACCGGCGAUUUGGGCCGCUUCAGGGAGGGAGCUUUGGAGGUGGUGCAAAUUUCUUCUUCCGUUCUCUCACGCAGCCGCUCUGUGCAGGGCUCCUUGAGGGGCCGCCGUGUCAUCACGACCGUGGGCGAGCCUUUGACGUUGCAGCUGGCCAACCCUGUAGCAGGCAACUUGCUGGGCCACCGUGGAUUGUCGGUGACCCUGCGGAACUUCUACGGCACCGUCUACACGGUGCCCGAGCACGGUGUGGGCACGUCUCUGCGCCCGCGGUACGUUCCGGAGCGAGAGCUAAGGUUCAUCAUGGCCUUGGGCAGCUUCGAGCUGAUGCCUCCCGGGAAAGCUGGCGAGAUCUGCUUCGGGGAAGAGAACCUCGGCCAAAUCUACCGCACCGGUGAUUUGGGCCGCUUUAGAGAGGGAGCCUUGGAGGUGGUCGGGCGCCUGGGCCGGCAGCCGAAGGUCAACGACGUGCGUGUGGAGCCCGGCGAGAUCGAGAUCGAGGUUUCCAUGGAAGCAGCUGGUGAGGCUAUGGUGCCCGUCGAGGUGGCCGAGGCAGGUGAGAUUGGGCCGGAUCUGCCAACAGCGGUCUCCAUCGAAUCAAUGCAACAACGUCAGGCAGAGCUGGAGCUCCAGCUCUUGGAAGAGAGGCAGAAGGCCAAAGAGUGGGAGGACAAAUACACCGCACUCCUCGAUACUUACGAGGCGGCCAUCAGAGUUUUCGCCGAGACGGUCCUAUGA